GCAGCCAGCAGCGACGGCGACGGCGACGGACGCGCCGUAGAUCGUGACGACGUCGGUGGUGCGGUUGGUGCUGCGAUUGUUGGUGCGAUUGAGCGUGUCGGUGUUGGUGUACUGCGUGGGUGUCCCGCUCCGAGGUUGAAGCUAUCGUUCCUGGUGACCGGACCACAACGACGGCUAUCGCCAUCCGCAACCCCUGGUGUCGGUGGCCUUGGGACAACGGAUCCGCUUCACCACUAUGCCACGCUGUCUCAUGGCGAAGAAGUGGAAGUGGAAUCAGUGGCAGGCACGCGUGGACGAACAGCAGAACGAGCAGAAGGACGCGACGCCACCCGGAGCCGCUCUGCAGGAACAACAGGCGCAACAUCACGCGCUACAUCAGACCGCGGAUGCGAUGGAGAAACGGCCACAUAGGCAUGAACCCGAGGACGAGGAGAUCGACGUGGUCGGAGACGUCGAUAAUCAUCAGGUCGAUCAUCAGCAGACCUGUUGGGGGCCGCAUAGUCCCACGGCGGGGGCCACGGCCCCCAGUCCGCCACCCCUUAACGCCUCCGGCGCCCUUUAUUAUCAUGGAUCGAUAAAGAUCAGAGGCGAUAAACCUACAGGAAUGUGCGGAAUGUUCAUUCAAGGCUACACGCAUGAGGCAUGGAUUAAUCAUGAGGAGCCGCCCAAGUACGCGACGCUGCGCUCCGCGGCGGAGCUAGCGCGUCCGGUAGCACCGUCACCGCCGCCUCCGGUCGCGCAACACGAGCUACCGGUUGCGGUGUUGACCGCGCCUGGUCUGCAUCAAACGCCGUCGCAUCAGGUGACGAGCAUCGUCGCCACGAGCCCGUCAUCGUCGUCAUCGUCAUCCUCGUCGUCAUCGUCCGCUGUAUCGUCGAUAUGUUUGCCGCCGCGAAAGAGCCUCUCGAUGUCCUUCACCAGCACCGGCGCGGCGCUCUCCUUACCGCCGAAGAAGAAAGACAUCUACCGUCCUUACAGCCUGCAACCGAUCUCGGAGAUACGCACGUCCGCCGAGGAGGACCUGUCGGCCGCGCAGGCCAUUCUGGAUCUUAGCGCGUCGCCCGCCGCGCCCACGCAUUCCGUUUUUAUUCACACUCUGUCGCCACCGCCACCGCCACCACCACCGCCACCACCACCCCCUCCUCCCGCCGCUACUGUUGCUGCAACGCCGAACGUGCCCGCAUCGCAACAACAGCAACAGCAACAGCAGCAACAACAGCAGCAGCAGCAACAACAGCAACAGCAGCAGCAGCAACAACUACAAUCGGCGCCGACGACGGGUACUCAGCCUAUACCGGUCUCCGUACUCGUGCCGGUACCUAGCUCGCAGACCAAUCAGCUACGCCAGCAGGAGCAAACGCCACCGCAGCCGCAGUCACCGGCAACCGCGGAAGCCACCGGCAACUGCAACGUCGGCAGGGACAGCACCACCACCGGCAGCAAGACUGUCGCCUACACCUACGAGGCCUUCUUCGUGUCCGAUGGCCGAUCGAAACGGCGCGGCGGCAGCGGCAACGGUGCCGCCGUGCCGGACAAGGAGGCGGCCCAGCCGGACAGGCCCAAGUUCACGUGCACCGAGUGCGGCAAGCAGUACGCCACAUCGUCGAAUCUGUCGCGGCACAAGCAGACGCAUCGUAGCCUCGACUCGCAAUCGGCCAAGAAGUGCAUCCACUGCGGCAAGGCGUACGUCAGCAUGCCCGCCCUGGCGAUGCACGUGCUCACGCACAAGCUCGCUCACAGUUGCGGCGUCUGCGGCAAGAUGUUCUCGCGGCCUUGGCUGCUGCAGGGUCACCUACGUAGCCACACCGGCGAGAAGCCGUACGGAUGCGCCCACUGCGGCAAGGCGUUCGCCGAUCGCUCGAAUCUGCGGGCGCACAUAUAUCGAUAUGAAGUGCAAGAGGAGCGCGAGGUUGCACGAAGGUUGAUCGCAUCUCAGAUCGUUAAUUAUGUUCCGCAAGCAAAAUGUGUAUUGUAG